AUGCCCUACCAACCGCUCACCAACGAAGAUUCCCCACUUUCCGCCUAUCCGCCAUAUCCAUUUCCGCAGGAAACGUUUGAAGUUCAGCAACCCGCCCCGCAGCAACAGCAACAAGCACAGCAGCAGACACAGCAAAAAGGAACCGCCUCAGAAUGCGGUCGAGGGAAUGUUGUUGCGAUUGCACUAUUCCUGCUAUUUUCCUUUGGAGUAAUAGCGCUGAUAUUUCAUGCAGCCCCCAACGCAGAGCCGAUCCCUCGAUUGCAAUUUGUUGGGGAGCACGAUUAUGUACUAGCCGAAGAUGGUAGCUUGACAGAAAAACUGACGAUCUCCCAGUCCGGCCAAUUCAUCCACGUCUACUGCAAUGCCACGGAGCUGGCAAAUCGGUUUUGCCUCGAUCUGAAGGGGCAUGAGGCAUCGAAGUUCAAAUUCUGCGCUGAUUUUACCAAUGAAACUGAUCGUGGGGCUCAUUCAUAUAUCGAAAUUUUACGGAAAGAUGGGAAAUAUGUAAAAGAGCAAAUUGUGAAUCCAUUUGAGGUUUUUGGAAAUCAAGGCGAACUUGGCAUCUACAAUCGACCGGCUGGGCUUGAAGGGGACCUUACCGGGACCUUAAGCGGGGAUCUAGAUGGCGUACGACUAUUCAGAGUUGAGGGUCACUCGUAUGCAACGCCCUUCGAGAACGCGCUGCAAAUUGAGCGGGGCGAUCGGCUAGAUCUCGCGCUACAGCCUAUGAUAGAAGUACGCGACGAGGCGCAGAUACGCGCGAUUUUCGGCCAGCAAAACCAACCGGGAGCUGCUCUGCUCCGUAAAAAGCGUAAGAGCAGUACUACUUCGAAACGCGGUGAAUCCGAAUUCAAAUCCCGAGCACGGGCAUUUCGCUCCAGAAAGGGAGCAGCAGCCAUUCUCGGGGAGGAUCCGCCGCUAGGGCCCGUGGCCGAAACUCGACAAUUCAAAUUCCGAGCUCGAGCAUUCCGCUUCAGAAAGGGAGCAGCAGCCAUUCUCGGGGAGGAUCCGCCGCUAGGCUUCUACGCCGAGAAACCUACUUCGAAUCGCACCACUUCGUUGCUGAAACCAUAUUCCGGACCAGCGACUUUCAGUUAUCGCUACGGUGGACGUACCUAUUUCAUGCCGUCCACUAGCUGCUGUGGCGACGAGUUCCACGAGAAAACGGUGGACGUUCCAAAACCGAAAAACGUCAACAUUACGUUCACUGAUGGAGAUGGAAUGCCGAUAUUUAUGGCCGCUGGAACCCAGAUCGACUUCUCAAAGCCAACGAUAUGCCAAUUGACGACUGGAGAAUGUCGGUUUAUAACCUUUGAUCUCUCGGUCUUGUACACCUACUCCGACUUGCUCAUCUACUUCAACGGGCAGCGCUUUGCCGACUUUGACCACCGGGGGCCCAACUUGAAGCUGGACAAGAUGAGAAUCGAGGGGGAUGUCGAGAUCCUGGGCGUAACGAAGAAUGGAAAAACGCUG